CCUCUAUUUCCGGAAAUGACAAGUCAGCUGAUGUAGAAUCUGCUUAUCCUCUACUUGGCUCUACGGCGGACGGCGUCGUUUCUUAGGGUGCAUUCGUCUUUUCUCCUUUGUCCCGCAAAAAGAGUCCAGCAGGGUUUGAGUUACUGCGACGAUGAAGCUGGUGUUAGCUGCCGAGGCUGCGUGUUUGGCGUGUUUGGUGCUGCUGAGCCAAGCAGCAGCAGCAAAGAAUUCCGAAGACGUUCGCUGUAAGUGUAUCUGUCCACCUUACAGAGGCUAUGAGGGACAUAUCUACAAACAAAAUGUGUCUCUCAAAGACUGUAACUGCCUCCAUGUGGUGGAACCGAUGCCAGUGGACGGCAAAGAUGUGGAGGCCUACUGUCUGCGCUGUGAAUGUAAAUAUGAAGAGAGGAGCUCAGGGACUAUAAAGUUUACCAUCAUCAUGUACCUGUCCAUUUUGGGCCUGCUACUGCUCUACAUGGUGUACCUGACUCUGCUGGAGCCCAUGUUGAAGAGGCGGCUGUUUGGACACUCGCAGCUUAUCCAAAGUGACGAUGAUGCUGGGGACCAGCAGCCUUUUGCCAAUGCUCACAACGUUCUGAACCGAUCACACUCCCGACCCAACAUGCUGAACAAGGUGGAACACGCUCAGCAGCGCUGGAGGAGGCAGGUCCAGGAACAAAGGAAAUCUGUGUUUGACCGCCAUGUUGUCCUUAGUUAAACUGCCCUUUAAGUUACAGGGAAAGAAAGGAAAUAAGACACUGUGACAAAGCCAUUGCUUUCUUUUUUUCAUUUAUGGGUUGAAUUGAACUUUUGAGGUAAACCUAGUAAAAAUAUAUGAAAAAAAACAAUGAUUCUGUUUACUGGAAGCUCUUAUGUAGUCUGCAGGCAGCAAAAGAAAUUAAAGUAGGUCAUUUUUUGCACAAUUUCCACAAACAUGACAGAUAAGUAGAAAUGAUCAAAUUUCUUCAAAAUUGUGUUGAAGCCCAAUCUGCCUCCCUUUUUUUUUUUUUUAAACAUGUCCUUAAGUUUAAACUGGAUUUUGGAGAUGUCUCUAAAUGCGGGUUGGUGCUUCUCAUCACGACUGGAUGAUUUCUAGAACAAACAGAAACAAGACACGACGCUUCUGAUCUCACCAUGAAGCAUAAAGAGAAUCUGUGUAAAAUACGAGUUUUACAGCCUUCUUUACAAGUGCAUGUUUUGUAUUGGCUCUUUUGUAAAUGUGUUUUCGGCCAUUCACUCCUACAUUGAUGUUUUGUCUACUACUGUUUUGUCUAACUGGUGUAAAAGGCUCAUUGCACUAGGUUUGAUAUUUGAAGUAGCUUCAUCAAAACUUUAUCGCUGAAAUUGAUGCAUUUUUCUCCUGAUGUCCUGUUAAAGUAGCUAUUCCUCUGAUUCUCAUUCAUGGAAGUAAUCUUCAACUGCCUAUCUGAUAUAUAGUUAUUUAAAUGUUUGCACUUUUUUGUGCUGGAACAAACUGUUCCAUAAUCAAAACCUAUGCUGCCCAAGAGUUAGCACGGUUGUGACAGAUUGCUGUUAUCUUGUGUUAUAAUGACCUUGUGUAAAAUGCUGGGAGUCUAUAUAUGAUCACUGUUGAGUCCCAUUAAAGUGUUCUUACUUAUUGUAUAAGUUCCACCUAAACUUUGAAAUAAAUUUAUGGAAGAAGA